CCUCGGCCAGGCGAUAGCCGCCGAACGAUACCCGCCGGACGAUAGCCGCCGGAGCUCGUGAGCGAGCCGUCAUGGUUGCGAAGACGGCCAAGGAGAAGAUGGCUAUUCUGGUAAGAAAGGGCGGCGAGCUGGGCACCUGGGGCCAGAAGAAGCCCGGCUUCUACAGCCUCUCCAUCCUGUACGACGCCGCCGAGAGGCAGCGCUCCGCCGGGUACGAGGCCCUCAACGGCAAAAAGUACGCGGAGGGGUACGUCCUCCUGCUCCGCUUCACCAAGUUUUAUGACAUGGUCAUGGCCUCCAAGCCCGACAAGAAGACCGCAGAGUUCCGCGCGCUGCAGCGCCAGAUGUUCACCGUCGUCGACGCUCUCGAGGACGUCAAGGCGCGCCUCUACAGGGAGUGGGGCGCUGCAGACGAGGCCGCCGCCGCCGCAGCAGCAGCAGCAGCAGCGCAGGCUGCCGAGCCGCAGCCCGCCGAAACAGCGGAGAUAGCAGAUGCCCUCGCCGCGCGCUUCGACGCACUUCGCGCAAAGGCGCCCGAACCAGACCCUCCUCCGCGGCCGACAGUGCCGGAGCCCGCACACGCGUCGUCCAAGGGGGGAGGAGGUGCCGCCGCCCCCGCCGCUGCUGCCGCUGCUGCCGCUGCUGCCGCUGCCGGCGGCGGCGCUGCUGCGGCGGCGGCUGGCGCGGCGCUCGGGCCGUCGCCGCUGUACCCGUCACAGCGCGUGGCGCCCCCGCCUGGAGGGGGAGGAGGAGGG